UGAGACCUCAACACACUCAACCAGCAAGACGUACAAAGAGUUACAGGAUAACACUGUAUACAAGUCUUACCUGGUCUUACAUACAAUGGCUAACAGCAAAGAACUUGUGCCAACCAACUCCGUAUGGAGUCCAGGAUUCACAGAGGAGCUUCUCCCAACUUCUAAGCAGAUAUCCCUGCUGUACCACAUCUCCUACCUGUGUCUGGCUAAGUUUCCAAACUUGGAGAGGCUCCUCAGGAAGCGUGCUGUGGAAACCCAACUUCUCUUUGGAUCCUCUGAAGCUCUUCUGCUGAAGUGUAUGGGCACCAGUCAGACCCUGGUUUCAUCACUGUUUCCAAUGCUGAUACAUGCUAUUGAAAAAAACAAACCAACACUGGCGGUAAGGUACCUGGAAAAAGCAAGAACCUGGAUUGGUGAACUUAUUACAGAUGUGGACAAGAUGGUGCAAAGCUAUGUUCAACACAACGGAGACGUGGCUACAACUACCAGUGACAUCAUCACUGAAAAGGCAAACACUGAGGCCAAGUCUGAGCAGCUUUCCAAGGAAGUUCAGGAAAUGGAGGGAGCUAUAAAGACCCUUGAAGAAAAGCUUGCCGGAGUUAGGAACGAGCUUGAAGACACCAAAAGGAAGAUAGAUGCCAAAAACCUGGAACUUGAGAGUUAUGUAAGGGACAUGACAAGCAAAAGCUCAGGCCUCGGGAUCUUCGCUGCGAUUGUGCCAUUCAUUGGGCCACUCGUCAAGUCCAUUUACGAUGCCGCAACAUCCCCCGCUGCUGCUGCAAAAAUCAAAGCUCUUGAAAACCAGCUGAAUCAGCUCAUCUCUCAAAAGACGGCUCUGAUGAACCAACAGUGGAGCAUUGAGGUCCAGCAGAUUGACUUACAGAUGAAACUGGCCAAAGUAAAAAUCGCCAAGGGCUCUAUACCCAGCCCUGUCCACCUGAACGAGGUCCAGCGAUAUCUGACUAAAAUCCAGAACAUUCUGAUUCAGAUCAAAAACUUCUGGCAAAAGGUGCACAGUAUGUUGGGUGUCAUGCAGAAAACCACGUUUGUUAAUGAAGAUCUUGUUGAUGAACCUGAACUUAAAGAAGAAUUUGUGGAUUCAAUCCAAAAGGCUUCAGAGAUUUGGUCAAUGUUUGGUUGUUCCUGUGGUAAAGCUGCUGAAAUAUUCAAAAUACAAUCCAAGGAUGCCUAUGCGUUCCUGGAGAUUGAUCCAUCGUCUCUCUCUGACGCCGUGUGGCAGGAAGAGUAUAACAGUGUUAUGGGACAGCUACAGGAAAUGAAAGUCUUGAACCAGACUCCAGCAGCCAUCCAAAACUAAAGCAUUAAAUACUACUGUGCAUUUCCCCUCUGAGGCUGUCAAAUCAAAUCCUGUUAAUUGGUGGUCAUAUUUUGGUAAUUUUUAUAGAUAAUAUUGAUUUUCUGUAUUUAGGUACAAUCAGUCAUUCCUUUUUUAAUCAGAACUAUAUGACCUUGUAGUCAGUCAUACACAAUUUACAAUGUAUGUGUACCUGAUUAAAAUAGCGUAGCUUUCUCAUCUAAGCCUCAAAUCAUUCAAGGCUGAAAAAUAAAUCUUUCUCCUCUUUUAAUUUCCCAUAAUGAACUUUACUGCCAUGUGAAACUGGCCAUUACAGCAGCUCAAUGAAUGUGUUUUUCAGAGCCACCUACUUCCAAA